AUGAAAUUUUUGGUUGUUUUGUUGGCAGUUUUCGCUGUUGUUGCGACUAGGCCAUCCAAUCCAUCUUUUCACGAACCAAUUCUUCAACUUUAUCAAUCAUUAGGAAAUCAAGGACAAUAUGCUUACGGUUAUACCGGAAGUUCUUCGACGAAAUCUGAAUCCAGAUCUGCCAACGGUCUCACACAAGGCUCUUAUUCUUACGUUGAUGGUGAUGGCGUGUUGCAAAAAGUUAAUUAUCAAGCAGACAACAACGGUUUUCACGUGAGUGCUACCAACCUUCCGGUUGGUCCGUCCGGCGAAACCGCCGGUACUGGUGCCGUUCCUUCUGCUUCUUUUAGGGGAACUGCAAGAUAUGGAUCCGCUGGAGUUUACGGAGCCAGAUCGGGAGCUGGUUACGGUGAAGUUUCUGGUUCGGGAUUAUUAUCUGGUGCUGCCGGUGGUGGUUUAGGAUCUGGAAGUUAUAGUUUUUCUGCUCCUGCUGUUUCAUCUAUUGGUUCUGGAGUUUCCGGUUUAAGUUCCGGAUUUGGAGCUGGUCAUGGUGCUUUUGGAUCUGGAGUUACUGCUUACAAUACAAAUGUUGGGGGUGGAGUCGGUGCCGGAUUGGGAGUCGGACAGGGUUCCGUAUUAGGAACUGCAUACACUUCUGGUGUCGGUCUGGGAGGCGUUAAUGGAGCUGGACUCGGAGAUUCUGUUGCCGUUUCUGCAUUAGGUGGUGGUGCUGGUUUAAAUUCCGGAAGUUAUAGUUUUUCUGCUCCAGCCGUUUCAUCUGUUGGUUCUGGAGUUGCUGGACUCGGUGCCGGUCACAGUACUUACAAUUCUGGUCCUGGAGUUGUCGCUGUAGUAGGAAACGGAGCUGGAUUUCAAGGUAGUUCAAGAACCGGUUUUGGUGUCGGAGGUUCUUCUUUAACUGCUCUUUACGGAGCUCCAGCUUCUCCUGCUGUUGUCGUACCACCUGCUCCAGUUCAAGAUACUCCAGAAGUUUCUGCUGAAAAAGCAAGACACUAUGCCGCUUUUGAAGCCGCUAAAUAUAAUGCUGCUGUCUCUGUCGACGAUUCUGCUCAUCACGAUGACGGACAAUACAGGCCAAAUCCAAGUGAGGAUGACGGUUCGUACAGAGGAGAAGGAAACGCUCUUGGUUUUGGUGUCGGUUUGGGAAGUUUGACAGGUUUCGAUGAUGGACAAUAUCGUCCAAAUCCAAAUGAAGAUGAUGGAUCUUACAGAGGUGAAGGUGCCGAAACCGGUUUAGGAGUUGGAUUUGGUGCUGGAACCGGUUUGGGUGUUGGACAAGGGCUUGGAGUCACCGCUAAUUUUCGGGGUUUGUCUUUUGGUACCGUUUCUGGACACGGCGCUAAUGCUGGCGCAAGCUCCGGUGGUCACGGAUUUGGUGCCAGUGCGGGUAUAAACUCAAACGGACAAGGACUCGGUGCUUCAGCUUCCUUUGGCCCAUUCACUGCUUCCGCAGGAUUGGGUUCGUUGGGAGGUGGAAAAUUUGGUGUAGGUGCCGGAACUAAUGUUGGCUCCGGUGGUUUUGGAGCUUCCGCAUCCGCCGGACGGUUUGGAGUAUUUGCCGGACACGGUACAAAAACGCCAGCUUCUACCGAAGUUGCCGGCGGAUACGGUGCCGGUGUAAGAGCCGGAACCGGUUAUUCUGCCCGAUACGGAACCGGUUACGGAAGAAGAGCUUUUUACACGAUUCCAUCAACCUUUCCAAGUUUUAGUCAAUAUUUCACAACCGGAAAUCUCGGUCAAUAUACCUACGGUUACUCAUCCGGUGAUCAAUCAUCUCACCAAGAAACUCGAUCCGCUGACGGUUCCACCCACGGCGGUUACAGUUACGUCGACACCGACGGCGUUUUACAAACCGUCAAAUACGUGAGUGACGCAACCGGAGGUUUCAGAGUCAAGGCUACCAACCUUCCCGUAGCCGUCGUCGCACAUUAA